AUGAUUGUAGGAGAGAUGGUUCUCUCGGCUUUCUUACAAGCUCUCUUCCAGACGUUGAUGUCUGCUCCUUUCAAGUCCUUCUUCAAGAGGCGAGAACUGAACGAAACCGUACUAGAGAGGCUCAACACUGCGUUGUUAACAAUAAGCGCGGUGCUGAUUGAUGCAGAGGAGAAACAGAUUACAAACUCCGCCGUGGAAAAAUGGGUCAACGAGCUUAGAGAUGUUGUCUACCAUGCCGAGGAUGCUCUUGAUGAUAUUGCUACAGAAGCUCUGCGUCUCAACAUAGGAGCUGAAUCUUCUUCCAACAGGCUGAGACAGCUUCGUGCCAGAAUGUCCCUUGGAGAUUUUUUGGAUGGGAGCAGUGAUCAUUUGGAGACCAGGCUCGAGAAGGUCAUGAUGAGGCUCGAACGUUUAGCUUCACAACGACAUGUCUUGGGUUUGAAAGAGAUAACUACAAUGACACCCAAACAAAGAUUGCCAACGACAUCUCUCGUGGAUGAAUCUGAAGUGGUUGGUAGAGAUAAUGAUAAGGAUGAUAUCAUGAGAUUCUUGAUUCCCGAGAACGGAGACGAUACCCCGACAACAACAACAGUUGUAGCUAUAGUUGGAAUUGGUGGUGUUGGCAAAACCACACUUUCACAAAUCCUAUACAACGAUCAACGUGUUCAGAGUCAUUUUGCAACUAGAGUCUGGGCUCAUGUCUCUGAAGAGUUUGACGUUUUCAAGAUCACCAAAAAGGUUUAUGAAUCCGUUACUUCUCGGCCUUGCGAAUUCACCGAUUUGGAUGUACUUCAAGUUAAAUUAAAGGAGAGGUUAAUAGGACCGUUUCUACUUGUUCUAGACGAUCUAUGGAAUGAAAACUUUGCGGAUUGGGAUCUUCUACGCCAACCCUUCACAUCAGCUUCUCAAGGGAGUCGGAUUAUUGUGACAACACGGAGCCAACGCGUUGCAUCCAUUAUGUGUUCCUUCCAUGUACACAACCUUCAGCCAUUAUCUGAUGGAGAUUGCUGUAAGAAUCUAGAAGAGCUUGGGGAUGAGUACUUUUCAGAACUGGAAUCAAGAUCGCUUUUCCAAAAAAACAAGACGAGAUACAUGAUGCAUGAUUUCAUCAAUGAGCUUUCUCAGUUUGCUUCAGGAGAGUUCAGUUCCAAGAUUGAAAACGGCUGCAAACUUCAGGUUUCAGAAAGGACAAGAUAUCUAUCUUACCUACGAGAUGACUAUGGUGAGCCUAUGAGGUUUGAAUCUCUUCGUGAGGUUAAGUUUCUCAGAACUUUUCUACCACUCAGCCUCACAAACUCUUCGCGUUCAUGCUGCUUAGAUACAAUGGUCAGCGAGAAGCUACUUCCAACGCUUACACGCUUGCGUGUUAUGUCUUUAUCACAUUACAAGAUCUCAAGGCUGCCUCCAGAUUUUUUCAAGAACUUAAGCCAUGCUCGGUUCUUGGAUCUAUCUCGCACCGAACUCGAUAAGCUUCCGAAGUCUCUUUGUUAUAUGUAUAACCUCCAGACACUUCUUUUGGCCUACUGUUCCUCUCUGAAGGACCUUCCUACAGAUAUCUCCAACCUCAUUAAUCUUCGGUAUCUUGAUCUGAUUGGGACGAAGCUAAAACAAAUGCCGCGAAGGUUCGGUAGAUUGAAGAGUCUCCAGACUCUUACAACUUUCUUUGUGAGUGCUAGUGAUGGAGCAAGGAUUUGUGAACUUGGAGAACUGAAUGAACUCCAUGGAAAACUAAGAAUAGUCGAGCUACAAAGAGUUGUGGACGUUGCUGAUGCUGCAGGAGCGAAUUUAGACAGCAAGAAACAUCUAAAAGAGAUAGAGUUUAUCUGGAGAACUGGUUCAACUACCUCAGAUAGCUACUUGAAUCCUCACCGGACACAGAAUGAAGCUGAAGUGUUUGAGAAGUUACGUCCACAUCGUCGUAUCGAGAAGCUAACCAUUGAGAGAUACAACGGGAAGAAGUUUCCAGAUUGGCUAAGUGAUUCCUCGUUCUCGAGAGUUGUGUGUUUACGCCUAAAAGAAUGUCGAAACUGUUCCUCCUUGCCAUGUUUUGGUCAACUACCAGGUCUCAAAGAGCUUUACAUCUCGGGAAUGGUCGGGUUUAGAAGCAUAGGUUCCGGGUUUUACUUAAGUCCAUCAUCACUACGUGAUCAGAACCAACAGCCGUUUAAGUCACUUGAAACGCUGCGGUUUGAUAACCUGCCGGAUUUUGAAGACUGGUCAGACGUUAGGGUCACUGGAGGUGACUUGUUUCCUUCUCUGAAGAAACUUUCUAUACUUAGAUGUCCGGAGCUAACGGGGAAUCUACCAACCUUUCUUCCUUCUCUGAUCUCUCUUCAUAUCUACAAAUGCGGAGUGUUAGAGUUCUUGCCAGACCACCACGAGUACAGCUACGAGAACCUUCAAACGCUAACCAUAAAAAGCAGCUGUGACUCUCUCGUUACAUUCCCUUUAGGGUAUUUCGGGAAACUCCAUACUCUUGAGUUUGAUAACUGCAUAUCUUUGCAGUCUUUUCAGCUCUUGAAGGAGUAUUCGUAUGGCCCGAACGCUCUAAGAAGCCUGAGAAUCAAUGAUUGUCAGAAUCUGCUGCGUCUUCCAGAGCUGAACUUACAGGUCACGGUCUCGAACUGUAGGUAUCUCAAACAGCCUCAGUAUCCGUUUCAUCUCCCAAGACCAAACGUUUCAGGUUCAUUGAGGUCUCAUGGUUCACAGAGGUCGUAUGAUUCACGUUCACCUUCAAGAUAUGAUUAA